AUGCCUUCUCAAAUAGGUGUCAACUUAACGCCUCCAAAUACUGGUGCUGGAUUUGGUGGCCCAGCUCCCAUCGAGAGUCUAUCUGACUUUGGAUGGGCAAUCAACGACACCGGCAUCGGCAACCCAUUCCCCAUGAUUCCAGAACUGUCCUCUCCAAAAAUAAGAGAUGACCGUCGUACACUUGACAGCAAGCAAGCAAUCUCUGAGGCAGUGUUGUCAGAGGGCUUUACCUUUCCGCCCAGAGAUCUACCUCGCCCCGGCCAAUUCACCAAUACUCAACGGCACAGUCUGUUUCCAAAGCCCCCGAGUCCUCCGCCUCCAAAGCCAAAAUUAACUCUAUCUGGUUCUCCACCAAAGGACAGAAUCAUGGAUUCAAUCACCAGAGCUUCACCCUUGGACUUGCCAGAGAUAUGUCUCUCAGGAAACCCAAUAGACGCAGAGGUUGUCCAUACGCAUGGAGGUGAAGCAGAGGUCUCUCAACCAGACAAAAAUAAGUCGAUCUUGUUCAUGUCUCCUCGUAUUACCAAGCCCAAAGUCUUGCCUGACUCUCAGAGCCACGAGACGGACAAGACCACCAGACUAAUGUCGCCACCAAAGCUUGCAUCUUCGCCGCCAACACAAAGGAAUGAUGAUAACAACCUAUUCAAAUCCAUUGGUCACAAUGUGGUCACUCGUGGACAAGAUGACCCAUCCACUGCGCCGAGAAUGAAGGGAAGCAAUAACACAAAGAGCCGAAAUGCACAACGCCAGCACACCCCAAGCAUUUGUGGCGAUCUGGAACUUCCUACAUACCGCAGUCCGAUGGAAUCGCGGCACAAACAUCCCAAAAAUUAUGAACACAGACCAAUUGUUGUUCUCUCUCGCGACACACAUGAACGGCCAUCCCACCAGCGGUCCGGUUCCACCACAAGCAGCAACAUCUCCAAGAAACGGUCGCGCGUUCACAAAUCAUCCCCAAAGUCAAAACAGAGUCGCGAUCAAAGGGCAAUUCAACAUAUUACUCAUUUUUGGAAUCAGUGUAUCCAACUUGCAGAAGAAGAAACUGAGGCGGCUAGGUCAAAGCUCGGGAAGCUUGAAAAGAUUCUUCAAGGUGAACGGGAGAAGCUUGGAGAUAUAGGAAGGUCACUGGAAGAGAAGAGCACACAGUUGUCUGACGCUCAAAAGCGUUACAACGCGCUGCUCGAGAAUAAUAACAAAGUGGCCGAAGAGAAAGAGGGGUUGGCUUCUGAACUCACGUCCGUGAAGGAGCAAUUGUCGGAAGAGAAGAAGCAAGGGAAGCUUGCUAAAGAUAAAUAUGACUCCUACCGACGUAAGCUCAAUGAGACCAUCGGGGAGCAAGGAGUUCUCUUUCGGCGUGCGGAAACGUAUUAUAAAGACACGAUGGACCAGCUGCAAAAAGAGAACGAACGCAAAACGGCAUCCUCGGAUGCAGUCGAUGAAGCUUUGAAAAACAGCCUCAAGAUCCGCGAGGAGAUGAAGAAAUGCAUGGACGAGUACCGCAUGCAAAUGCAAAAAGAUGUUCAAAAGAAGGACCAGGUCAUAUCAGAGCUUAAGGAAAAGCUGAACCUCCAAGAAGCUUUAUGGGCCCAGGAGAAAACAUUUGCCGACAAACUGAGUGCUCAAACAAAAGAGCAAGACUCAGUACAUCAGUGCGUUUGGGCGUUGAAGGCCAAGGUGGAUUCAUUGAUAGCACAUCAUGACUUCCAAAGCGAACAACGUGAAUUCGAUGCUAGGUCGAGUACGCAAAUGAUGAGCGCGCUGAAUUCGAAGUUGGAUUCUCUGCUCACAGGUGGAAAUCAGCUCGCGUCCAAGAUGCUUUCGCAAGAGGAUCUUGAGCUCAAGCUGGCUAUCGCCGAAAAGAACAUUGGCAAGAGCUUAUUGCCGGCAAUUUCUUCACUGGAGAGUGGGCAAAGCAACGUUUCAGAAGCAAUUUCACAGUUAGGGGGAUCAGUUGGGCAAGAUCUCGACCGCUUCAAAGGGGAGGCAAGCCGGAUUGUGAAGGCAUUGGAACAAGACGAAAAAGGGACCAGCGCAAGAUUUCGAGAGCUGUCAGACCAUAUUCAGAACUUUGACUGCAGUUUGAAGAAUGCAGUGGGCUCUUGUGAAAACAUUGGCCAGAAAUUUGACGUCCUCGCAGGCAACGGACAAAGCAAUCAGCGCGAGACAAUCAAUAUGCUACAAGGUAUCUUGCAGCAGAUGUCAGCGCACGAGAAUAAGUCCAACGAAACGGAUCGACAGCGUCAACAUGCGUAUGAACAGCUCGCCAAAAAGGUGGAAGCAAUGGUAUCUGAAGCAAUGAAAAACGGGGAGGACACCAUAAAGCCGUUGAACAACGCCAUUGCCAAUCUUCGAGCCACUUUGGGACAGGGGCUUGGGCAGGAGAGAGAGAAGAUGGCGCAAUUGCUUCAAGCCAAUGAGAAUGUUUUGAAUGUUUUAACAACCCAUAUCGGCGAACAGAAGCAUAUCACGACUCAGACUGACGACAAAACUUCCGAGUUACAAGCGACAUUGGAAAACGAGCGGGAGAUGACUGCUCAACUAAGAAACAAAAUCCAAGCAUUUGAGCAGAAAGCUGAAGAAGCUGAAAUUCUCCGAAAUGGAUGGCUCAAGGAUAUUCAAACAAUUGACAAGAUGCGAUCACAGCUCAAGGCCGUCGCGAUGCGAGUAUCGGAGGUCGAAGACUGCGACAAAAAGCUGGACAGAGUCAUGGAGAUCAGUGGAUCCAUACAAUCAUCAGCCAGCUACCUGGCAACGGAAGAGGAGUGGGUUCAGCUAGAGAUUACAGACAGAAUGCCGAAUCCAGCUGUCUCGGAAGUAGUGACAUCCUGCGAAGUUAAUACGACACCAUUGCCUCUCUCGGCCGAAACCAACGGCGCGGCAGAAACUCAGCCAUCGAUCAAGGAAGAUGCUAUGAGCCGCAAGGUCACAGUUCACAGUCCUGAUCCAGGUGAGAGAUCGCCGUCACCUCCACUAACCGUGAUGCAAGAGCAAAAGCGUCGUCGUGAAGUCACUCAACUCAAGUCGAUUCUCAAAAGCCACGCCCUCCCCGACACAAUCGAACCAAGCAGCUUGGAAGGACAUCCCGCUCGACCACAGACUAACCAUAGCAAAGCCAGUCAGGCCACGAACGGCUCUCUCAACAAGUCUCAAUCUGCUUCGGCCAAGGAGAUGGUUGCUGAAAUCCGCUCGAGGUUGAUUCAGCACAACCACACCUGGACCUUUCCAACCGUUGCCGAUUUCGAGAGGGACAUUCAACUAUCCAGCAAGAAAAGACAAGCACCUCAGGGCAACCUAGUGUCUUUAGAAUCUCUUGAAGCCACUUCCCGAGAGGUUAAGAAGCCCAGAACUGAGCACUAUAUCGAGGAAUAA